ACACCUUUUCAUUAUUUGAUUCGUAUUGUGCGCGUUUGCCGCGCAUGUGCAAAUAAAUCGGCAACUGACCGUUGCGUCGCAAUGUCGAAUGGUAGAAGAAGAAUCGACGAUCGGUGACGAGUUACGACGUGUAUAUGGACGAGUUACGACGUAUAUUAAAUACGAACGAGUUACAACGUGUAUAAUACUACGGACGAAUUUAUAACGUGUAAUAAUACGGACGAGUUACAGCGUGUAUAAUAUAGUACAGACGAGUUACACCGUACAUGAUAAUACGUUUUACUGCUUGAAAAAAAACACAUUGAAUGCUAUCAGUUAAAAGUGCAUAAAAAUAAUGGAUGAACCAGCGGUUAGUAGAAAUUAUAAAAGGAGAUUGCAAAGAGAAGCACAUAGAGCUUCAUUAAAAAGAACCAAGGUGGAUAAUAUAUUUUACCGAAUGUAUCAACCAAUUCAGAGAAAUAACAAUAAUAAUAUUCAUGAACUUCUUGAUUUGAAUGAAGAUGAUGAUGCGAGUAAUGAUUUCGAAGGUAAUUGUGAAAAAAUAAUACAUGAUGAUGAGAAUAUGUUGCAAUUGACUAUCAGCAAUUGAUUAUCAGUGAUAGUGAGAAUAAUGAUAACGAAGACAAUGAUAGUAAAGAUAAUGAUAGUGAAGACAAUGAUAGUGAAGACAAUGAUAGUGAAAAUAAUGAUAGUGAAGUCAAUGAUAGUGUAGAUAUUCAAUCUAAUGCCAGUUUACAAAGUGAAAGACAAGAUAAUAAUUCUGAUAAUAGCGAAGAUGAAAAUGAGAAUAUUUUUAUUGAUGAGAAUGAGAAAGAACAACGUAUUAUUCAAUUAAUUCGAGAGUGGGCUUUAGAGGCAGGACAUCUUUCAAUGAAAAAACUGGAUAAUCUCUUUGGAAAAUUAAAUACAAUUUUUCCUCAUAUACCGAAAUCAUAUAAAACUUUGUUGAGUACUCCAGCAAAUUUGAAGAUAGAUAAAUUUAAUGAUGGAUCAGCGAUGUGGUAUAAAGGUAUCAAAAAAAAUUUAGAUACUAUGCAAAUGGAACAAUAUUUACAUAUAUAUGGUAAAGUUAUAAUUGACAUUAAUAUAGAUGGAUUACCACUGUUUAAAUUCUCCAAGACAAAGUUUUUACCAAUUUUAGGCUACCUUACAAUGACUAAAAAUGCUCCUUUCAUUAUAGUUAUUUAUUUUGGAAAAAUAGAUCCUAAAGACCUAAAUACUUUUCUUGGAGAAUAUGUGAAUGAAGUUGAAAAUUUGCUGAAUAAUGGGUAUAUUUUUAAUAAUAAAAAGUAUCCAUUUCAAAUCAGGCAUUACAUUUGCGAUGCACCUGCUCGCUCCUUCAUAAAAUGUUGCAUAGGUCACUGUGGCUAUGCGUCUUGUGAAAAAUGUACUGUUAUAGAUGAAUGGAUUGACGAUAGAGUAACAUAUACUGAUCUGGAUGAAAUUCCAAGAACUGAUUAUUCAUUUUUGCAAUAGACUCAACCCCAACAUCAUCUAAAUCAUUCUGUAUUAGAAAGAAUUAACACAGGAAUGGUAUCUCAAUUCCGAUUGGAUAGUCUCCAUCUUGUAUAUCUAGGUGUUUUCAAAAGAUUGAUCACAACUUGGUGUAAAUGGAAUGGUAUGUGGAAACUUAACAGAAUGACUAUUACUGCAAUAUCAAGAACAUUAGAGUGUAUUUCCAUUUAUUGUCCUCAAGAUUUGACUAGAAAGCCACGAUCAUUAGAAGAGCUAAAAUUUUUCAAAGGAACAGAGUUUCGUAGAUUAUGCUUGUAUGAUGGUAUUUUAGUUUUUAAAGAUUUUGUGAAUGAAAAUAUCUAUAAGCAUUUUCUUCUAUUGCAUUCUGCUAUAUACAUAUUAUCACAUCCUAUCUUGGUUCAUUCUAUGAGUGAUUAUGCAAAUCAAUUAUUAAGAACAUUUAUUACACAUGCUGCCACUAUAUAUGGAAAAAAGUUUGUAGUGUAUAAUGUUCACGCACUAUCACAUUUAGCAGAAGAAUGUGCUUUACAUGGCCACUUGGAAAGUUUCAGUGCAUUUAAGUAUGAAAAUUUCCUAAAAUCUAUUAAAUGCCUACUUCAAUCUGGAUACAAACCCUUACAUCAAGUUGCCAAUAGAGAUUUGGAGAGAAAUAUAUCUGUACCUAUUAUAUUAGAAAGUAAUGUUGGAGAAGUUAAAUUAUCUAAAAGAUUUAUACCACAAAUUGAAGUUCUACAUGGAGUGCAUUAUAAGUGUGUUACUAUAGAUAAUGUUGUCCUGCAAAUUGGGAAAAAGGAUUCAUGCUUCAUACUGAUUACUGAUGAAGUAAUAAUUCUUGAAGAUACUGUUCACAUUGAGAAUCGCAUAUUUUUAGUUGGAAAACAAUUCCAACAAAGUAAGGAUUUUUAUACAUAUCCUUUUCCUUCAUCUACUCUUAGUAUUUUGUCUGUCUCUCAGUUAAAUGAAAAUGUGAGAAUUUUGUCAAUGUCCGAAAUAAAAGCUAAAUGUUGGCUUAUUCCAGAUCAUAAUUCUUUUUUAUGUGUGCCACUGUUACAUACAUUUCCAGUUUUUCAAGCGCUGCAAUCAUCUUAAACCACAUCCUCUGCAGUUCAAAAUUUUCCUAUAUGAAAUUUGUAGUUUUAAAGUUUUCACAAGAAGAUAAUAACAGUGAUGAGGAAGAAAUUAAUUAUGAGGUUGGCCUAACGAAAUGGUUAACUGAUAUUGAU